CGAUUCGGUACAGCCGUUAACGGAUUCCAAAGAUGGUCUAGCUACGCUCAACAAAAACGCGUGACGCUUUCUGAAAAACAACGAUUGCUGUAAUGAUCGCAGCAGGUUCCCAAUGGGACGGUCGAUUGUCAGUUGCCAGUGCGGCUGUUUAUUUUCAACCGCCUCAAGCCGCCAAGGGACAGCCGCUCCGCACGAGCUGAUUGGUGCAGACUUCCCGCUCCUCCCCCGGAAGCGGGAAAAGGUUCAUCCCCUCAGCAACUGCGACGGUUGGCCGUUGGAGGGGGGAGGGGUAACAUCGUCACUUCAAGGUGAAGGUAGGGAUGACUAUAACACGAAAACUUACAUUGUAACCCAACUUCUGCAUCCUAUGACUGCUUCCAUUUUAUACAAUUGCUUACUGUCAUUAACAAGAGCACAAGCACUUUCUUUGAGACAAUGGAAUUCAACCAGUUCAGCAAAGCCAUUUUUGGAAGUCAAACAUGUACCUUUAUCAAUGCCUUUUGCUGGGAAAAAGAGCUUUCUAGACUUGCCUGAUGUAGUAGAAGAUGAAUUAGAGGAACAGUUUGUCAGAGGACGUGGACCUGGGGGCCAAGCAACCAAUAAAACCAGUAACUGUGUCGUGCUGAAGCAUGUUCCAACUGGAAUUGUAGUGAAGUGCCAUCAAACCAGAUCAGUAGAUCAGAACAGAAAAAUAGCCAGAACAAUUUUACAAGAAAAGCUUGAUGUACAUUACAAAGGUGUAAACAGUGAAAUUAUGAAGCAAAAACAAGUACAGCAAUGGAAAAAACAAGAAAAGAAAAGAAAAGCAAAAGAUAAUUUAGAAAGAAAAAGACAAUUUAAAAACCUUUUAGAAUCUGCAGAUGCUACUGAAAUGAAAAAGUAAUUUGAUUUGUUGCAUGACUUCUAUUCCUUUUAACCAGCAGAGUUAGAUUGUACAAUUAAGAGACUGGUUUUUAUCUUGUAAUAAAUUAAAAUGCAAUAAAUAUCUAAAACAUUGAUUUUAAAGCAUAAGUAGAAUCUUUUGCACCUUUAAUGUAUGUUAGUAGUGGAUUCAUGCCCCACUGCUGAUUGUGAGCUAAUGAUCUAAUCCUAUAGUUUAGUGCAAUAUUAGGGGUUGAUUUGUGUUGGAUGGGGGAAUAGUGCAGUGUGUUCGAGUUCUUGUACGGAGCUUGAGCUAAAUCAACACAUUUAUCAGCAGCAAGACCAAGGUUGUAAUCUUCCUGGCAUUCUUUCCUAAUUGCCAGCUUCUGCUUUUAUUGUUGUAAUGCUGCCAGCAGCUCAGCUACCUGAUUUAGAGAUUAGCAGUACUGAGGCAGGUUGAAAUCCAGAAGAGCACAAAACAUUCAAGGGAAUGUAGCUACUCAGCUUCGUGAAAAUACCCAAUUUGGGUUUUGACAGGACUGCUCAAAUCCUGACCUCAUUAUAAUCUUGGUCCAAAACAAUAAAAAGCCUAAUUGCUGAGAUGAGGUGCUCAACUUCAAGGUAGCAUCAAGGAGAUACAUGAAACUAGAGUCAUCUGGAAUCAAUCCGGGAGAUGGAGGCAGGACUUUUCCAGUGUCUAGAGUUACUGAGCACAAAAUCAGACCAUUGUGGUGGUUGUUAGUUGUUCAUCUCAGUCCAAAGCCAGUGGUGGAGGAAUUCAUUCGUGUAGUGUCUAAGGUGCAACCAUUUUCAGCUGCUUCCUCCAUCUUCACGCAGUCAGAGUCAGAAGUAAAGUUUUUGAGCAUUCACCAAUGUUCAGCAACAUUACAACUGUUCAUAUGGAAGUAUUCCAUGGAUAAGAUGAUUUGCUAUGUAUGACAAAGUGUUGGUUUGUGUGCAGAAUAUGCCAAACAAAGUGAGCUAAUAACUACCAACAAAUAUUUGUGCCACAAGUGCAAGGCAAGACAGUAAAAAAAAUCUUAAGCCUGAAGAAAGCCAGUUGAUUUCACGCAGCAGUUGCCAUCAGCUGUUUUUAACCAAUAAGUCAAAGACCGUCAGAGAGGAGGGUGGAGUGGAUAGGUGGAAAGGAAGAUAGGCAGGUAGGACAAGUCAUGGGGACAGUGCUGAGUUUGGAACUAGGGUGAGGUGGGGGAAGGGGAAAAUGAGAAAACUGGUGAAGUCCACAUCGAUGCCCUGGGGUUGAAGUGGUCCGAGGCGGAAGAUGAGGCAUUCUUCCUCCAGGCGUUGGGUGGUGAGGGAGCAUUCAAGAGCAUACAAAGCAGGUAAUGAAAAUAAGCUUUAUUACAAGAAGAAAUCAAUACAAAGAUGCCUAAUUUCUGUACAAUAGCAAAAAAAUUAUAAUUUAGAGGAAAAAUCUUGUUCUGCAAAGUUCCAGGAAUAUCCAUUCCUCCAGUUUGAUCAAGUGCAAAAAUAUGUUUUUCGAAUUGUAUCCGUGUAUUUUGCUUCAAAAAGAUUCAAAAAUUAAACAUUAGCCUGACAAGGUUAUACAGAUCAAUGA